UCAUAGAAGAUUAUUAUCCACUUACCAAAGAAACCAUGAAGUAUCUAAUCAGUUUUGGACUACUCGCCGUAAUUUUGGCCCAAACAUCCAGCUUAUCAUUAGGCUUAUCAUCUCUGGUUUCUGGAGCCCCAGUUGGAUUAGAUGGUCGCGUUUUGGAUACACCGGAAGUUUCUGCAGCCAAAACAGAACAUGCAGUAGCUCAUCUAAAUGAAAGAAUCAACCUAGCAAAUGAGGCUGUGAGAUCAGCAGAUGUUCCAAUAAAUCUCCUACCAGUCUCCGGAUUAGGUGCCGUAAUAACCACCUCUGGUGUUGUUCCACUUGGGCUUGAUGUAUCUGAACUUGUGAAAAAUGGAGUUCCAGCUGCUCUUCUUAAUCUAGAAGGUCGUCUUUUAGAAAAUUCGGAAUUGCGACUCACAAGAGCUGAACAAGCAAUUUCUCAACUUAGCGAAAAACUUCGACUUGAGAACGACAAUGCCAGAAUAAAACAGGAACAGAAACAGGAAUUACAAUGAAAUUUUCGAUGAUACUUUGGGUGAAAAUUAAUGGAUGGCUUUACAUUUCACUAGCCCGAUUUCAAUGAUAAAAAGUUAUGUUAGCGAGAAAAUGAUACUGUAGAUAAAAAAUAUGCAUCCUCAAGAGAGAGAGAAUAUGUAGAGUUUGAAACUUGCAAUCUAAAUAAAUUACAGCGAUGGAUGAUGAUCCUAAAAA